AUGAUCCAUCCAAAAAUCUCUUCACCUUCCUAUGCUACACUACGAAAAAAGCGACGAACUAGUAGCGGCAAAACAUUAAUCGGAUCGGCCAAAUCAGUACGUCAAUAUGAGAGAACAAUUCCAACAGGAUCAGAAGAACCAGUUCCUCUACGUUAUACAGAUUUGUACAAACAAGAAAAAGCUCGAAUUGAAAUGGAUUAUAUGUUUAAAAAGAAAAAAUCAUUUUUAAUUGCACCUGAUACUUUAAUACCUAAUUCAAUUUUUCGUAGAGUGUUCAAAGCAAAACAAACAAAACCAGUUGAAAUAAAAGCAUUUCAAUUAAGAUUGGAUAUACUUAACAACCUUCAGAAUAUGAAUUAUAAAAAUCCCAAUGAUCAAGAUGAUGAUGAAUGGAUAGAUAUUGAACAUCCUGAUGAUGCAUCAAAACCAGCGAAUGAAAAACAAUCGAAAGGAACAUUUGCAUCAAAUAAAAAAGAUACUAUGCCAGAUAUAUAUAAACGAAUGCAAAAUGAACCUUGGUGGAAACAAGCAAAAGAUGUCAAACAUAGUCUUCGUUCUAUGCUAAUUUAUUUAAUUGAAAUUUUUAAAUUAAAACAAAUUGAUUCAUAUGAAUCAGCAUGUUAUUAUGUUACUGAAAUAUUUCGAACUACCGGUAUCGAGCCAAUGCUUGUCGAUCAAAUUCUUGAUAUUCUUCUGAAUCAUUUAAUAACAGAUGAACAUGAUCCUUUAGAUGUAUACACAAUUCGUACAAUUGCUGAAUUUAUGAUUGAACGAAAAAAUAUUGUUAUUCGACUACUUGAAUAUCUACUUAAUUGUCAACCAACCGAUGAUAUUCGACAAGAAGCUAUUAAUGCAAUUAAAUUUAUUACUGAUGUUAAUAAUUCCGAUGAUAUUGAUUUAGUUCUUGACGACAUGUCUAUUGUUCAUAAUUCUCCUGAAGAUAAUUUUUCAUUAAAAAUGAUUAUACAAGAUAUUGAAAAUAAGAAAAAAGGUGUCAAAGAAAAUGGUAAUGAAGACGAAGAAAGUCAUGGAAUACAUCCAUUAUUAAAAAAAAUUUCCGAAGAACGAUGGUUUCCUCGAGGAAGUUUUUCACUUACCCUUGAUUAUGUACUUGAUGCAAUUAUAGAGAAAUUACCAAGUGCAACAAAAAAUACGCUUAAAACAUUAACGACACAUCUUGUUCAAUUACAUAACGUUAUUGGUUAUUCGAAUGAACAAUUUGAUCGAGUUUCAAAUGCCGUAAUAUUACUUUUAUCACACAAUGAUGCUGAUUAUCGAUUAAUAGCUGCCUCAACUCUUGUUAAUCUAGGUCGAGAAACAAAAGCUAUUGAUAUUGCAUUAUUAAAUUCAUUUUUAAACGAUUCUCGAAUUCUUGUUCGAACUGAAUGUGGUGAAUCCUUAAAAAAAUUAACAGGCAUUAUGUCCGAUACAGUAUUAAACGAUUGUGCAAAUGAUAUUUCAUAUAUACAGACUUUACCCGACGAAAAUUUUAGUCUUCAAAAUUAUUUACAAGAAAAAAAUCGUGUACCAACACCACCACCUGAGAAUCAAUCAUCAUUACAAAUAGAAGAACAUAUCAAUGAAGAAAAUAAUGACGAUAUUACUUCUAGAGUUAGUUCUGGUUCAUCUUCGUCUCAAGUUAUUGAACAAGUAGCAGUUAUAAAUAGUUCCUCUAUACCAGCUCAAGCUGAACCUAAUCAAUUCAGUGUUCCAUCAAGUCAUAUUUCAUCAAUGACACAUAUGGAACCAACAAUUCGUGUAGAAAUUAAUGAAAAACGAACUUUCGAUACAUCAGAUGUUUCAAAAUCCAGAAAAGAACGAGUACCAAGUGAAACAAAAACGAGACGUUCAUCACUUUUACCAAAUAAUACAGAUAUGUGGGAUUCAUAUGCAAAACAAAACGAAACUAUUGAACAAAAAGACAUUGAUGAAUUUCAAGAAAAUUUUUUUCUUGAACGACAAAUAUUCAAUAAUAAUCAAGAACAAAUCACUGAUCCAAUUCAAAGAAUACUUGAAGAACAUAAACAAACUAUUGGUUUUUAUCGUAUGCUACCGAACCGUCGUGUACUUAUUCCAAAAAAAAUUUCUAUGGGUAGUAUUUUUUGUGAUCAAUCACAUAUGAUUAUUAAUCAAGAUUCAUCACAUACACAAAAUACAAUGAAUUUAUCAAAUUUAAAUCAUAAUCAAAAUCAAUUAAAUGAAGUUGAAUUUGUACAAUUACUUUCAUCACUUGUUGUUCGUGCUUUACAAGUACAUAGACAACAUGAAAAAAUUAUUCCAGGUUCAUCGACAGGAAAUUUUGCAAAAGCAUUAAGUAUUUCACCAAUGCAAAUACAUUCAACAUCAAACGCAUAUCAAUUCCAUGUAAGUUCUCCAACAAAACUACCAUAUAUUAUUCAUCAACGACCAACAUCAAGACAAUUUGCUCAUAUUCAAUCGAUUGCACAAAAGAAAGCUGCAAAAGAAGGUAUCAAUAUUCACAAAGCUCAAAGUAUAGAAGGUGCAUUAUCAAAUCUUAUGAAAAAUAAUCGAGAACACAAAAAAUCAAAACUAGUUUCAUCAACAACAUUACAUCUCUCAAAUUCUAAACAGAUGGACGUAACACAUGCUUGGCUUCUUAUUCAAUUAUUAAAGUCUCAAGGAGCACUCAAUUCCGAAAAUUGUCUUCAAAAAAUUAUUCAAGCUUAUCCAAAAUUUAUUCCAUUACUUCAUACAAGAAUACCACAAAAUCUUAUUCCUGUUAUUUGGAAUGAUCCAAUUGUUAAACACAUUGCAUCAAUAUGUAAUAAUAAUAAACAAGAUGAAUUAACUGCUGAAUAUACUUCGAUUAAACAAAAUGAUGUAAAGCAAUCGCUACCAAACACAGAUGAUGAGCAGUCCAUAAAGGAUUCUAAUUAUACAACAUUUGUCUGUCGUGAUCAUCAUAACAAGAGAUUUUUACCACCUAUUCGUGGUUCAAAAAUGCGUCUUCCACAUCAUGUUCUUAAAUUUGGUUUUCGAGAAAUCGACAUGAAUUCAUCAGAAUCACCAAAUAAUACAUCGCAUGAAGAAAGUCAAUCGAAAUCACGUAAACGUCGGAUGUAUAUGCAUCUUAUGAUGCCGGCUAACGAAAAUGUGACUGAUCGGCAUGAAUCUGUCAAAAAUCAAUUUCGACAUAUGAUCAAAACUGAUUAUUCAGCAGCUUCAUUUAUGCCCAUUGUAUCACGGCCUCCAAUGUGUCAUUAA